AUGGAUUCCGGUGGGUAUGCAUGGCGUCUCGACAUCAAAGCUGCUUUGAGCUUGGGGCGGUUGACAGGGAUUCGUGAACACCUUAUGACCGCAAUGGAUACAGAACUUAUGAAAGCUGCUGAAGAUUUUGCUAGUUUUGACUUUCUAAAGUCGAAGAAUCGAUUUAGUCCCUCUUUUUGUACUCAAGAAACAUACUCCAUGAUCAUCAUCAGUGCCCAACUCAAAGGGUACAGAAGAACAGAUAUAAAGGUUGAGAGAAAUGAAGAUGGAAGUAGAAUCGUUGUAAGUGGAGAGAAGCUGGUUCAAGAUAUGUUGGCGAUUGGAGGAAAAGUUGUAAAUAAAGGUAUUGAGACGCAGCGAUUCCAAAAGUCCUUCAAGAUUCUACAAGGGGUGGUUUUGGAUAAAGUCAAGGUCAAAUUCAACGAUAAGGACUCGAAACUCGUGAUUCAAAUUCCAAAACUUACAAAAGGCUUUACGGGGGGUGCAAUUGAGGAGUUGAAAACGGAAGAAAUUCCACCAGAAUCCACUACGAUAUUACAAGUUUAUGGUAAUAGAGAGUUAGCUGAACAAGAAAAUCAAGAAAGUGAAGAAGAAAAUGUUCAGGAUCUCAUAAAGAACGAUAAACAAGAUAAAGAAAAUUCAGAAGAAGAACAAGGUGAGGCUAACCAUGUUGGCGGAAAAGAGGAUGAAACGCAAGAACCAAAAUCAAAUCGAAGGAGGUUCAAGAUAUGUAAACCGAUCAUAUUUGGAUCUGCAUUAUUUGUGUCACUCAUCGUGAUGGUUUUCCACUUGGUUCAGUCCGAAAAACUAGAAACACAAAAAAAGAAAAAAGAUCAAAAUUAA